GCCCCUCCAUCCCCUGCCGCCGAUCCGCGCCGUCCCCAGCCGCCGUCGGAGUUGCCACUGCACCGCCCCGUACCCGGACAUCGCCGGGGUCGCUACUGCGCCGCCACCGGCGUCGCCGAUCUGCUCCGUCCCCGGCCGUCGGCAGCAUCGCCACUGCGCCGCUUCUACCUGAUCACAGCUCCACAUUGCUCGGCAGAUCAAACGAACUGACGACUGGAGCACUCGCCAAAUCAUGCCGCCUCCCUUGCUCAUCCUCUCUCCUCCCACGAUUGGGAACCCCAGGCAACCAAAAAGGUUGGACGAAGCUCAUAGUAGCCCUGGGCUUCACGCUGAUGCGGGACCAGGGCUCGCCGAGGAGUGCGCCACCUUGGGUGGCUGCAGCACUGGGAUGGCUAAGAUGACUAAUGCUUAUGAUCUUCCUGCCAGGUUACUUCACGCCGGUCAGGUACUCAGGUUGAACCGGAACUUGUUCCCGGACAGGUGGAUGGCCUCGCUCAUGGUCUUGCACCGGCCGAAGAGGAACGACGCGUUCCUCAGUGAGCUUGUUUUUGGCCACCGUGAACUCCAUCCAGUGCCUCUCCAGCACGUACAUCCAGGUUGUGUGCAGAUUUGGAGUCAAGCACAUCCUGGACAGCAAUGAGUUGCAGACUUCUUAGAGGCAACACCUUUAUGCCCAUGAUUGAAACGCUUAUGUAUUCAGUUAUGGACUCAUUGCUGGGGAGCUCCUUAAAUUUCCAGUAAAGGAAGGAGCACCAGUUUGUGGUUGGAAUGUCAUCAUGCAGGUGUCUGUUGCGGAGUGCGGAUGAUGGCAAAGAUGGAAGCCAUGGUGCAGAUUUGGGAUGCUUGUUGGAUGCGGGAGCUUGCGGUGGAACCCAUGGUAUGGCCACCUUACUUGGGAGUGGAAGCGGGGACUGCGAAGUUACCUCCACCCGUUAAUCUUUGCUGCUCUCUACAAGAUUCUAGCGCUACUCCACCUGGAUACUCCAUGGUUUAUGGCAAUGGCUCCACGUCUCCUGCAAUCUGUCUUUGCAGCUUUUGGAGAUCUAUACUUGUAUAAACUUUCCAAAUGUAUUUUCAGUGUUCAGGUUGCCCAAUGGACAUUAUUUUCCCAGUUGGUUAACUGGUUCAUGUUUUUUUGCAUCACACGGACUCUAUCAAACAGCUUGGAGACGGUUUUGACUGUCGCUGGGCUUCAUUAUUGGUUUUUCGCAAUACAAUCUUCCAAGGGAACCUCAGUUGUUUCAAAGCAUCAGGCUGCCAGUAAACAAAGUCAUCCAUCAAGAAAACUGGCUCUUCUGAUAGCAGCCUUAUCCUGCGCCAUUCGGCCAACAAGUGCUGUAACAUGGCUUUAUGUUGGUCUGUUGGAUUUUAUUCAGAUGAAAUCCAAAUGUCGUUUUGUCUUUCUCGAGGUCAUUCCGGUAGGGGCCUUUGUCCUUGCAGUAACAACACUCCUUGAUUGGUGGAUGUAUGGUUCCCAGGUCAUAGUGCCACUUAAUUUUUUGAAAUUCAACCUCUUCUCUUCAGGAGGAGACUACUAUGGAACACAUGUCUUCCACUGGUACUUCACACAGGGUUUUCCAUCCAUGAUUUGGACAUUCUUACCGUUGGCAGUAUGUGGAAUUGUAAAGUCUCGAGAAUGGAGGAUUUCAGGACUAAUCGCUUGGGUAUUAGGGGUUUACAGCAUACUUGGACAUAAAGAAUUCAGAUUUGUUCUUCCGGUGCUACCUUUAGCAUUGAUGUUCUCGGGAUACUGCUUAGCUGCAAUGUCACAAUUCAAGCGAAAAAAUCUGCAUGAGAAAAGAUGCCUUUCUAGGUUGCAGCUUUCUGUUAUUCUUCUCAUCAUAACCAAUAUUCCAAUGGCCUUCUAUAUGUCAUUAUUCCAUCAAAGAGGAACGGAAGAUGUUAUGUAUUAUUUAUCAAAAGAAGCCCAGGAUGGAAGAGUGAAGAGUGUCCUCUUCCUCAUGCCUUGUCAUUCAACACCUUACUACUCUACCUUACAUUACAAUAUACCUAUGCGCUUUUUGGACUGCACUCCUAGUGAUAACCAAGGGACCUUGGAUGAGUCAGAUCGUUUCCUUACAAGCCCAUCUGAGUUUGUGGGCGCGGUUUUCGGAAAUUUAUCUUCAUUCAGUCACAUUGUAUUAUUUGAGUCCGAAGAAAGACAUGUUCUCCACUUGCUUCUGCGCAAUUCCUUUCAUGAGGUCAGGAGAUUUUUCCACUCCCAUUUCAAGGUUGACAGAGACCUUCAGUCGUCUGUUGUUAUUUAUUCACAGAGGGAUGUGUUAUGAUGUAGUAUUGGUGUGGCAGAAAAGGGCUGUUAUCUUGUCUAACAAUCUCCUCAUGUUUUGUGUUUUAGUUUUUCAUUUCAGAAAUGAGCUGUAACAAUAUUGAUACUUCUGAUAUCUUGACCCUGUGAAAACGAAGAUGCUCUGUUACUUUUACUCAGGUGCUUUGCUACUGCAUAACAAUUCAUAGCUUGCAUUGAGCCUUUAUGUC